ACUUUCCAAACUCCUAUUUAUCUCACACUCUUUCUUUCUGUCUCCCCCUCUCUCUCCUCUCUUCUCUCCCUCCCAUGGUGGAAGAAGCGAAUAGCAUGGACAAGGGGAUAAACUGCAGCGAAGAGGCUGAGGUGCGGAAAGGCCCAUGGACCAUGGAGGAAGACCUCAUCCUCAUUAACUACAUAGCAAACCAUGGCGAGGGUGUUUGGAACAACCUCGCUCGGUCUGCAGGUUUGAAUCGCACGGGGAAGAGCUGCCGCCUUCGGUGGCUGAACUAUCUGCGGCCUGACGUCCGGCGAGGGAACAUCACGCCGGAGGAGCAGUUGCUGAUCAUGGAACUCCAUGCUAGAUGGGGAAAUAGGUGGUCCAAAAUUGCGAGGCAGCUGCCUGGGAGGACCGACAACGAAAUAAAGAACUACUGGAGGACAAGAAUUCAAAAGAAGGUUAAGCAUGGGGAGUCCUCCGACUACCAGCAUGCGAUGCUCAUUGAUGAAGCUAGUACCACUACCAGCCAAACAAACAGUGUUGAAGAUGGUGGGGCACAGCCGAGUUACACUCAACAGCGCGAGACCAAUCCUGUUGCUCUUGCUCCUCCAUUCUCCACUGAAUCCUGUGAUAAUUUCUGGUCUGUCGAGGACUUCUGGUCGAUGCAGUCUUUCAAUGGCGAUUAAAUAAAGCGUGAUCAUGCUCAUGGACAAUGUUGAUGAUAGUAACUAUCCUUUGGUAUUAAACUAUGUUGCUUUAAGUACUUGGUUAUUGUACAAAGAUACCUAUGUAUGGUUAAGCUUCGUAAUGUAAGGACAGUGAGAUAUAAUGAUUAUGCUUGGUUUUCACUAGUUAUAAA